AAUUUAUUAUUGGUAGAAACACUCGAGCGAGCUCGACCGCUUGCACGCGGAUAUGACCUCGUAACACUCAUCGGAGACUCGUAGAGACGAUCGCACUGAAAAUGGGAAAUGGAAAAUGCAAACGAUGAUAACAAUGACGUUCGUGCCCCGCGGUCGUAACGCGCGCGCACGUCAAGGCGUUCGAACGCCUUGAAUUCCUCGCUUGGCGUGUUUCUUUCACCUUCUCCUACUCCUCCUACGCCUUCUCUUCGUCAUUAUUUUUUUUCUACUUCGUCGUCUUCACUUUUCGUAUUCGUCUUCUUCGUUAUCAUUAUCCUCGCCUUCUCCCACAUUUUCUUUCUCUUAUUCUUCUUUCCUUGUUCAAUUACACGACGGUACGCGUCAACAGGCGCCUUAUCGACAUUACACCUGGACAAGCAAACCGAUAAAACUAUCGACGUAUUCUCGAAAGGGAGUAGCCACAUCGGACGAGUGUCGAUGCAGCAUCGACGAAUUUAUAGAGUUCUGAAAUGCGGGAAAGUUCUUUUUGGAAAAUUCAACGAAUGACGAAGAACCUAAACAGAAACAUUCUUAACUAAGAAAGGAAAAAGAAGAGAGGAAAAUUCUUUGGGAAAGAUCAUCGAGAUAAAGUUCAUGUUGAAGGAAAUCAGUCUGAAAAGAAGAUCGGAGGAUUUUAUGGUGAAAAAAAAAAAUCUCAAAAAAUCGGAACGUCUUCUGGGUAUUGAAAACUUGUAGAUCUUAGUGACCGAUGGACGUGACGGAAAAGUGACAGCAUCGACAUUGCGGAAAAAAGUCAGCUGCUAAAGCAGGUGGCUUGCGUCACGGCUUUUCUCAAGAUAAUGCGAAGCCUGGAAAGAUUGUCUGGUAGCGAUCAGGAUUGCGGUGAUCAGGAGAUGUACAUCGAUUUAGACGACGCUUCCGUUGACUCGCUUACAGGAAAACGCAGUCGCCAUCAUGUCGUUGGCACCGAGGUGGGCGAGGAAAGUGACAGCAGCGGUAGCGAGAGAAGCCCGAAGCAAGCGAAAAGAAGAAAUCGCGGUGGACCACCGACGACACGGAGGCGGAAGAGCGGAAUUUCUGCGCGCGAGAGAAACCUCAGAAGGCUCGAGAGUAACGAGAGAGAAAGAAUGAGGAUGCAUUCUCUUAACGACGCGUUCGAGCAAUUACGCGAAGUAAUACCACACGUCAAAAUGGAGAGGAAGUUAAGCAAAAUAGAAACACUAACAUUGGCAAAAAAUUAUAUAAUGGCAUUGACAAACGUGAUAUGUGAGAUGCGUGGCGAGGAGCAGCCCUACACAUUCGUCGACGGUGAAUGCGGCUCGAACAGCGGGGACAGUACAGGUCAAUUGGAACUGAGCGGUGGCGAGCAACUCGAAGAGGCAUCACCAGCGUCCAUCCUCGAGACAAAUAAUAAUAGCUUAUUGCACGAAGAUUUGGAACGCAGGAUACCUUAGCCGCCUUAGCUUUGGAAAGCUAAGGAUCGCUUCUUCACGAUAAGAUCCCGGUAUUCAGCGAAGCAUUCAUUCUCUACGACUGUCAGCAAAUUCGAUUUGCAAAGCAGGAAGCGAUACCUCGCAGGAAAGUUAACCAAAAAGGCAGAGAAACGAAGGACGAUGAGGAGGAAAAAGAAUAAGAAGAUGCUGACGAUGUGAUUUGAAGAGCUCCUUUUAUAUUUCAAUUUUUUUUACUUUUAUUCCUUAUGGGAACGAGAGACAGGAAGUUGAAAAUAGCUACGACAGGAAUAUAUAUAGGUUAAGGGAAAUAAACAGUAAGGAGUUAUGACGAUUCACUUCCCUUUCCCACUUUCAUUUAUCCAUGAUCGAUAGAAUGACUCUUAUCAUGAAAUUUUUAUAAAGAAAGUGCCAAUAUAUAUUUUCGUGAAGUCUUCUUUCAUUUUAUCAAGUUCUUAUAACGGUGGUUAAUUGAUCGAUACGGUUGAUAAUAAUACUGUAAAUAAUAAUGCAUGGUUUCGUCACAUUAUAUUUUGAUAAUUUAUAUACAUACAUAUUUUACGUAUGAAGGAAAGAUUACCCGCGCUUCCCCCACUCUCUCAAAAGAGACGAUAAUAAUGCGUACGUUAAUCAAAAAAGAAAGAAAAGAAAAGAAAAAAAAAAGGAAAGAAAAUAAUUUUCUUUUAAGUCUGCGUGCUCUUUGUGCGAGUUACUAUUCCCUUCGCUUUUAACAAUAUAAAUCAUACUUUUGUCUUCCACAUAGUUUGAAGUCAGCGAUAUCACGUUUUGGCUGUUUUUAAUACUCUAAGAUUAUAGGGACAUAUGUCAUGUAUUUUGUUAAUAUUUCUCUCUCUACAAUCGCUUUAGAUUGUAAUCGAUUAUAUCUAGAAGAAUAUACAUCACUAUCUAUAAUAUUUUGCGCAUCUACAAUAACGUUCCGAUUGUAACGGUAAAGGUUUAUUUCAUUGACAAUAUACAAGGCUCGUCAUCGGUUAUAGUAUUACUGUAUAUUAACAACGAUUAUCACGAAAUAUUUGAUAAUCUUUACUUCCUAUUUCGAAGGUGAUAUAAAUGAUUUGAUGAACUAAUCGAUGUCAGAUAAGGCAAUAAAAAUGAUAUAUUUUUCA